AUGUCUUCUAGCAACUCGGUUCCGUCGCUUCUACACGACGUGAGAAUUGCAAACAAAUUCCAGAUCCGGCGAAAAAUCGGAAGCGGAUCGUUCGGCGACAUUUACUUGGGCGUCAACAUCAUUUCAGGCGAAGAGGUGGCCAUCAAGCUGGAAAACAUCUUCUCUAAACACCCACAAUUAGAGUACGAGGCGCGGGUGUACAAGACUCUGGCCGGCGGCACCGGCAUCCCCUUCAUCCGAUGGUUUGGCUCACAGAAUGAGUACAAUGCGUUGGUGAUGGAUCUGCUGGGCCCCUCGCUCGAGGACCUGUUCAACUUUUGCGAGCGACGAUUCUCGUACAAGACGGUGGUUCUUCUCGCCGACCAGCUCAUCACCCGACUCGAAUAUCUGCAUGCCAAGUCGUUCAUCCACCGAGACGUCAAGCCCGAUAACUUCCUCAUGGGCAUCGGCCGCCGAGGCAACCAGGUCAACAUUAUAGAUUUUGGCCUGGCUAAGCGAUUCCGAGACCCCCGAACCCAUUUGCAUAUUCCCUACCGUGAGAACAAGAACCUGACGGGCACGGCGCGUUAUGCCAGCAUCAACACGCAUCUGGGCGUGGAGCAGUCGCGUCGAGAUGACCUCGAGUCGUUGGCAUACGUGCUCAUCUACUUUAUGCGUGGCCAGCUCCCGUGGCAGGGUCUCAAGGCAGUAACCAAGAAGCAGAAGUACGACCGGAUCAUGGAGAAGAAGAUGACCACCAGCACAGACACGCUCACCAAGGGCCUGCCCAACGAGUUUGCCAUUUUCUUGUCAUACUCGCGAUCGUUGCGAUUCGAGGACCGACCAGACUACAUUUAUCUGCGUCGCCUCAUGAAGGACUUCUUCAUCCGAUCCAACUACCGAUACGACUACGUGUUCGACUGGACCGUGUUCCGAUACAGAAAGGUCAUCAACAGCAUGGGAGGCCGAGAGGGAGCCCAGCAGUCGCAGCUCACAGCCGGCCAGGGUCAGGACGAGGACCCCAACAAGCAGCAGCAGCAGCAGCGGGACUCCGCUUCUCCUGCCGCCGCCGGUGCUUCUCAGGGAGCCUCCAACUCGCAGGUGAGUCUGCAACCUCAGCAGGCUCCCCGAGCCGGUGGCGAGGCUCUGGCAGCAGGUGCCCAGGGCCAGGGUGUGCCUCCCCAGCAGGGCAUGCGAGCCAAGACUCCAUCCCAGCGGCCAGAUCUCAAGACCCGAAUUGGAGACUGGGACAUUCCUCCCCCUUUGCGACUUUUUGACAUUGAGAACCAGCAGCUCGAUUACUACGACGACAAGAAGGCAGAUACCGAUCAGUCCGACUGGCGAACACGGCUACGACGGGAGCAGCAGCGCAUCCAGGGUAGCCCUACCAGCCAGGGUAACAGCGGCGCUGCCGGCUCAGGCACCGCUCCCGGUGGGCCUCAGCAGGGCGUUCCCCAGCAACAACAGCAGCAGCCACAGCAACCGCUGGGACAGUUUGGACAGCCCGGUGCAUCGGCUCCUCCUGGACAAGGUCACGACGACUAUGGCGCUACUCCCUGGAUCUAG